UUAGAAAGAAAUAUGAGCUACGGAAGGGAAAUAACACAAUAUAUGAUGUAAAUUUAAUAUAUACAUUUUAAAGAAUCAAUCUUUUUCAAAUAUAAUAUGAAUGUGAUUCUUGCAAUUCUACAAAGGAAUUACUUGCUACUAACUUACUAGCAUUGGGAUGGUUGGGAGUAAUUUUGAUAUGAUUAAACGUCAUUCUCUAAUAUCACUCGUAUAAUAUUAGUGCAAUUUUGAAUUUUUUUUUUUAUUUAAAGAAAAGAACUUUUGUAUUAAUGAGAAAAUGCCACGGGGGCUGGGCCACAAUUGAAGUAGUGUCCAUAUCAUUAAGGCCCAAAUGMCAGUUGGGAGAAAAUGAAGACCACAAGAUUGAAGAGCCAAUACCCAUAAAUUAAAUAAGGAUGCCAAAUCUUAAUAUUCACCGCCAAACUUCAUCAGUGUUAAAGUCAAAUAUGAUUUAAGGUCUGGAGUGGAAUUUAAGUCUGAACCACAGCCACUGAGAAAAAUAAAGAAAAUCCAUUUGCAGAGCCCAGUCGGCUACCCACAGAAAACAAAAAUGGUGGACAAUCGCAACGGAGAAAAAAUUCCGGUCGAAAUCCUCUUCUCCGACGACGGUAAUUACGACCGGCAAAGGGAUUUGAAAGCUUUAGACGGAUCCAAAUUGGGGGUAAAAGGCCUGGUAGACCUAGGGUUCACCAAGGUCCCAAGAAUCUUCAUCCACCAAAAUCGGAACUCCUCCGAUCCACCACCAUCCGACGACUCCAAUUUCACAAUCCCCAUCAUCGAUUUGCAAGCAGCGGCCCAAAACCCCCAAUCGCGCGCCGCCGUGAUCGACCAAAUCCGCGACGCCUGCGAAAAUUGGGGGUUCUUCCAAGUCCUCAACCACGGCGUCCCCUCAGAGGUCGCGGCGGAGAUGCUCGACGGAAUCCGGCGGUUCCACGAGCAAGACGGUGAGCAGAAGAGGAAUCUCUACUCUCGCGACUACACGAAAAAGGUACUCUACAACACCAAUUUCGAUCUGUUUCAGGCCGCUGCCACCAACUGGAGGGACACGAUCACCUGCGUGAUUGCUCCGCGGGGAGCCCGGCCGGAGGAGGUGCCCUUAAUCUGUAGGGACAGUGUCCUUAAUUACUCGGCGAGGGUGAUGGAAUUGGGGCGGAAUCUGCUGGAAUUGGUGUCGGAAGGAUUGGGGGUCGGGCCGGACCGGUUGAAGGAGAUGGGGUGCGGCGAGGGGCUGGUUCUGUUUGGGCAUUACUACCCGGCGUGCCCUGAGCCGGAGCUCACUUUGGGAACCAGUGACCAUUCCGAUAGCAGUUUUCUGACGGUGCUGCUGCAGGACCAAAUCGGCGGCCUCCAAGUCCGCCGUGGAGAGCGGUGGGUCGACGUUCCUCCGGUCGAUGGAGCUCUUGUUGUUAACCUUGGCGAUAUGUUACAGCUGAUUUCUAAUGGUAGGUUUAAGAGUGUGAAGCAUAGGGUGAUAGCAAAAAAGGAAGGGCCAAGAAUUUCAGUGGCAUGUUUUUUUAGGUACAAUUGUCCACCGGAGAGUGAGUUGAAAGUUUAUGGACCGAUUAAGGAGUUGAUUUCUGAGGAGAAUCCACCACUGUACAGAGAAACAACCAUCAAGAACUUUGUGGCACAUUACUAUUCAAAGGGCCUUAAUGGAGUCUCUGCACUUGAACACUUCAAACUAUGAGCUACUAUGGUGAAGAUGAUCAUUACAUUUUAUAUUAAACUUCAUAAUCAAAUAUGUCUUGUGCAAUAUAACAAUGGAUUUGAAGAUCACUGUAACUGUAACUAUAACAGUCACUUUCAAUGACUUUUGUUUUGCUCCA